GUUGUGUGCUCCCACUGUAUCCACUGGGGGACGCUGAACAUUCAUGAUUCCUACGACAAUGAACCGCAGAGGCGUCAAUGUGGACAAAAUAAACCCACCAACACUUUCGGCGAAUACUUUCAAAAUAAAACUUAAGAAGGGCGGGUAGGCGAUGCGACUUCACAGCGCCGCCUGAAGCAAACGGGGCUGGUGGUGUUCAUGUGUGAUCUGGGCCUGUUGGAGGCAGACGUCGACGCAUCUUGCCGCAGCACUUCCUGUUUGAAAGAUCGAUUCUCAGGUCGGUUGACUGUUUCAAACCAACGAGCAGUCCACAGCAAACAGUGAGGAGGAAACCAAGACGGAAAGCUAAGAGACGAGACGGGAUCUCUCACCUAAACAGUAGGGGUUCUGCUUGAUUUAAGGGUGCAGAGCACUCACAUCUUUCAUCAACAUGGGGGAGCUCUUCAGAAGUGAAGAGAUGACGCUGGCUCAGCUCUUCCUCCAGUCAGAAGCUGCCUACUGUUGUGUCAGUGAACUGGGAGAGAUUGGGAUGGUGCAGUUUCGUGAUCUAAAUCCUGACGUGAACGUGUUCCAGCGAAAGUUUGUCAAUGAAGUACGACGAUGUGAAGAGAUGGAUCGCAAACUGAGGUUUGUGGAGAAAGAGAUAAAGAAGGCGAACAUCCCAAUAGUUGACACAGGAGAAAACCCUGAAGUCCCCUUCCCAAGGGACAUGAUUGACCUGGAGGCCACGUUUGAGAAGCUUGAGAAUGAGCUGAAGGAAAUAAACACUAACCAAGAAGCCCUAAAGAAGAACUUCCUGGAACUGACUGAGCUCAAGCACAUUCUGCGUCGCACGCAACAGUUUUUUGACGAGAUGGAGGACCCCAGUUUACUGGAGGAAUCAUCCGCCCCCCUGGACGCCAAUGAUUUUAACAGAGGUGCUCCGCUCAGACUGGGAUUUGUCGCUGGAGUCAUUGGCAGAGAACGUAUUCCCACAUUUGAGCGGAUGCUGUGGAGAGUUUGCAGAGGAAAUGUGUUUCUGAGGCAGGCAGACAUCGAAGAGCCUCUGGAGGACCCCACCACGGUCAGUACUGUUAAUAAACAAAAUGUUUUGUGGUCAUAUGUAAUGCAUGCUUCAGUGUCCUCCUGCCAGCGUCCUAACUGUGUGAUGUUUCUACAGGGCGACCAGGUCCACAAGUCUGUCUUCAUCAUCUUCUUCCAGGGGGACCAGCUGAAGAAUAGAGUCAAGAAGAUCUGUGAGGGGUUCAGAGCAACCUUGUACCCAUGUCCGGAAACACCCCAGGAGAGGAAAGAGAUGCUAGCAGGAGUGAAUGCUCGCAUUGAAGACCUGCAAAUGGUGCUGAACCAGACCGAGGAUCACAGGCAGAGGGUCCUGCAGGCUGCAGCCAAGACGGUCAGAGUGUGGUUCAUCAAAGUGAGGAAGAUGAAGGCCAUCUACCACACCCUGAACCUCUGCAACAUCGAUGUCACUCAGAAGUGUCUGAUCGCUGAGGUGUGGUGUCCCGUCUCUGACCUGGAUUCCAUCCAGUUUGCCCUGCGCAGGGGGACGGAGAAGAGCGGCUCCACUGUGCCUUCCAUCCUCAAUAGGAUGCAGACCAAGCAGACCCCACCCACCUAUAACAAGACAAACAAGUUCACCUCAGGCUUUCAGAACAUUGUGGACGCCUAUGGAAUCGGCAGCUACCGUGAGAUUAACCCUGCACCAUACACCAUCAUCACCUUCCCUUUCCUAUUUGCGGUCAUGUUUGGUGAUCUGGGCCACGGGGUGCUCAUGACCUGUGCUGCCCUGUACCUUGUGUUGAGAGAGAGCAGGCUGAUAGCCCAGAAGAAUGAUAAUGAGAUGUUCAGCAUGGUGUUUGCGGGGCGCUACAUAAUCCUGCUGAUGGGAAUCUUCUCAGUCUACACGGGCAUCAUUUACAACGACUGCUUCUCCAAGUCCCUCAAUGUGUUCGGCUCCGGCUGGAGUGUCAGGCCCAUGUUUGACAGUCGAGUAGGAGGCAACUGGUCGUUUGAAACACUCGAUGGCAAUAAAGUUUUGCAGUUGGACCCAGCAAUAGACGGAGUGUUUAAAGGGCCGUACCCUAUUGGCAUCGAUCCGAUAUGGAACAUUGCAGCCAACAAGCUGACGUUCCUGAACUCCUUCAAGAUGAAGAUGUCAGUUAUCCUGGGAGUCAUCCACAUGCUGUUUGGAGUCUCUCUCAGUCUCUUCAACCACCUUUAUUUCCAGAAGCCACUGAACAUCUACUUGGGAUUUAUCCCAGAGAUCGUCUUCAUGUCCAGUUUGUUUGGCUACCUAGUCAUUCUGAUCUUUUAUAAGUGGGUUGCAUACACCGCACGCACCUCCAGGGAUGCUCCCAGUCUCCUCAUUGCCUUUAUUAACAUGUUCCUCUUCAACUACAACGACCCCAGUAACAAACCUCUCUACAGAGGGCAGAUGGGUGUACAGUCACUCUUGGUGGUCAUCGCCUUGGCCUGUGUUCCCUGUAUGUUAAUAGUGAAAACUCUGAUUCUGCGGAGACAGUACUUGUGGCGGAAACAUAUGGGUACUCAGAACUUUGGAGGGAUCAGGGUGGGCAAUGGCCCCACUGAGGAUGAGGCUGAAAUCAUCCAGCAUGACCAGCUCGCACAGCACUCUGAGGACGAACCCGAGCGUUGCCUUUUGUCACCUGCUUUCAAGGCCCAGGAGGAAGAAGAGUUUAACUUUGCGGAUGUGGCAGUGCAUCAGGCAAUCCACACCAUAGAGUACUGCUUGGGCUGUAUCUCAAACACUGCUUCCUAUCUGAGGCUUUGGGCCCUCAGUCUGGCUCAUGCACAGCUGUCAGAGGUGCUGUGGUCCAUGGUGAUGCACAUUGGCCUUUCUACCAGGAACUUCGGAGGCUUCAUCCUUCUGGCCAUAGUCUUUUACUUCUUUGCUGUUCUCACAGUUGCCAUUCUCCUCAUUAUGGAGGGCCUGUCAGCCUUCCUGCAUGCACUGCGACUGCACUGGGUGGAAUUCCAAAACAAGUUUUACUCAGGCCAGGGCUUCAAGUUCCUCCCCUUCACCUUCGAAAGCAUCUUGGAUGGGAGGUUUGAGGAAUGAGAUCUGACAACUCUUCCUCUUCUGUUAAUGUCACCCAUCUCUUAACAAUCUGUGUGGUGUUGAAUAGUGAUUUUUGAGUGAUGCAGUUUCCAGUAUCGUGGGUGUUACCACAACUUCAGGAGUGAUCUCUCCAAAUCUGGAUCAUCUGCUCAGAAAUUACUAUUCAUUCAUUCAUUCAUUCCAGAGAAAAUAGCAUUAACUGUAAUCUGUUAUGUGUCUUGUCUCAGUGAAGUCGUUUUGUUUUACCUGUGUUUUAUUUAGUUUAAUAUUAUUUAUGCAAAAUUCUUUAUAAAACCUGCAUUUUUCCUGUGUGGGAGUGUUGCAAUAUCGAUCAUUGUAAAAAAAAAACAAAAUCUAGUUGCAGAUUCCUUGACUGAUGAUGCUGACAAAUGCGCAUUCAGAGUAAAAUGACAACGGUCUUUUCCACAUUGUUGCAUCCAGAUUGUCUCUUUCUCUUUGUACUGGCAUUAUCCUUCAGCAGCAAUCAACAUCUUGUGCGCAGAGCUCAUCUGUUUCAUUUCAAAACCACACACAUGCCCACUUUGCACAUGCAGACACCUCUAUUACGCUGCGUACCGACCUCGCACACAGAUAUAUAAAGGUCUAAAGGGAAAACAUGUCAGUCGGUUCUUUGAAAAUAAAGAUGAACUGGCUGACCUUGCGUUGUGCUCUGACAUUGCUCUAGAUGCCCCUUUGUUGAGUGAGCUGUUCUCUGUUUAUCUACAUGGAGAGAAUGAAGGGAAAUCUGUAGGUGGAUAGUAGGUGGAUGUUCUGUAACAAUCGAACAUGCUAAAGUGAUUUGAAAUUAUCAGUGUUGCUGAUUUUUUUUUUUUUGUUCCUUAAGUUGAUUUCAUUUGUAUGUUGAAGUUUAAAAUGUCUCCUCACACUUAGAAGAAAGUAAGAGCAGCAUGCAGCAGACCGGUUCAAAUAAAAUUAAUUCCUCAGAAAUGGUUGAGCAACCACGUUAAUUGUACAUCUCUGUCAAUAAAGCGGAAAGAGCUGGUUUAA